AUGCCCAUAGAAUAUCCACAGCUUGGCAGGAUACUAACUCAUAUUUCAUCAAAAUUUUUUAAUGUGAAACAUAAUUUUUUAUACAAUCAGUUUCGUUCCAAAUCUCACAUCUGUAAACAAUUUGGGCUUAGUAGCUUACAUUGUAAUUCAACUAUAAUUCGUGGCGGCAAAGCAGCAAUUAUUUCGACAAUCGGCACCGUAACUCUGUAUUAUUUCGUUGAUUUUAGAAGUUUUACAUGUACAAUAUGUGAGACCAGCCAGUUUGAUGCAAAUAACCAACAAAUAAACGACGAGGAUGAUAAUUUGGAUGAUGAUUCUCUGAUUGUAACUUUCAAUAGAACAAAUAUUGAUGAUGAAUAUAACCAUAUACGCAGACAAAUUGAUGUAAAUGAUGAAAUUGAUGAAUACGUUUCAACUGUAACAGAUAAAGACCUUGCAAUUGAAGAUUUAGAUACUUUUGAUGAAUCAGAAAUACUCUCCACAAGAGAAACUACAUUUGAAAAACAAGGUCCUGAAAACAACAAAACAUCAGAUAAUUCGGAUGAUGUAAUAGUAGUUACACAUGUGACUAGGCCAAUUUUUAGUGACAAUCCGUUAUCAAGCAUAAAUGAGCUGCGGGUUCGUAAUUCGUCUAAUAGGGGUUUUAAACUCCCAGAUUUCUUCAGCGGAUUGUUUAAUUUAUUUUCACUUGAAGAUGAUGGGGAAAAUUUCAUAACCACUUACUUUAGCCCAAAAAAAUUCCUCUUCUACACCUGUGGAACAGUGUUUCUGAUGUGGGCGAUCGCCGAAAAUUCAAAAAACACAAGUUUAUUGAGAUUUAUGAGACGUCAUUUCAUUGCAUCUAGUGAAUCGCUUAAUUCAAAAAGAUAUCAUACACUGUUCACAGCAGGCAUAAGUCAUUCAUCAUUUCUACAUCUAACACUCAAUAUGAUGAUGCUAAACAUGAUAUUGGAUGAAUUUUCAAAAUCUAGGGGAAUUGUAAAUAUGGACUUCAAUGGGAUAUCUAAAUUUUUUUCAAAUAUUAUAAAGGGAUAUGGAAAUUUCCCUACAUUCAAUCUAAAUAAUUCAGAUUAUGUAACGAAUUUUGAUAUAUAUACAUCAUUUUGGUUAUCAACCUUUGUAUCAUCACUUGGCCACUCACUCUUAUAUGGAAGCCCUGUACUUGGUGCUAGUGGUGGAAUAUCCGGUCUAAUGUAUCUAAUGGCGACUACUAGUCCAAAUUCUACAUUUAGAACCAUAUUCCCAAUUCCAGGAAUUAAAUUAUCUGCGCUACAAAUAAUGCAAGUAUUUAUUGCAAUGAACCUGUUUUUCAUUACCUCUAAGAGAUUCCACACAAAUAUCGCAUGGGCGGCUCACUUAUUUGGCGUGGCUACAGGGAUUGUGUACUGCUGGGUCCAACGCAACAUAUUUGACCGCCAGUACUUUAAAAGCUUCACCAAACUUUCUUCAAAAUACUCCCUCCAGCAAUGGAGCGAUACGCUGCACGAAAUUAGAGAUAGAAUACAUUUUUAA